GUGGGCACAGGUGGGUGGCACUGCUGGGCACAGGUAGGUGGCACUUCUGGGCACAGGUGGAUGCACUGCUGGGCACAGGUAGGUGCACUGCUGGGCACAGGUGGGUGCACUGCUGGGCACAGGUGGGCGGAGCUAGUGGGCGCACUGCUGGGCACAGGUGGGCGAAACUUGCGGGUGGCACUGCUGGGCACCGAUCAUCAGGGCACUGAUCAUCAGGCACUGAUCAUCGGUGCCGAUCCCCGCUCUGACAACUGCCGGUUCUCGAAAGUACUUUCCUCACGAUCUGACAGCGUGAGGAAAGUGCAGCCGAGAACCGGCACUUGC